UGCUGCUUUCGCCACAGGUCCUGCACCGCGCAUAGCGCUGCCUCGGGUGGGCCGCUCGGGCUGUCGAGAGAGAGAGACAGGAGGCGGGCUUUUCCUCCCUACUUCCUACCGAAACCACUCACACGUAACUCUCGGCACACCUGCUACUACACCAUCCACCGUCUGUGGCACACCGUGUUGAGCCCGUCGCCCGCCGUUGCUCGGUGAAUCCGGCCGCCAGUGAGACUGCUCGGCGCUGUCGCUGCCGUGUUCCUCCCUUCAACGGCGAAGAACGCGGUGCAGCCGGCCUUUGGAUUCGGCGCCACCGGCGACGGUAGCGAAGAAGCCCCGGAGAGAGUUGCUGUCGUCGUCCUCGUCGUCGGAGAGCAGACGACGUCAAGCGGCGGCGGUGCUGCGUCGUCUGCAGCGGACAACCGGCGGCGGGCGGUUGCGUAAAAACAGCUUCGCGCCACAGUCCCCUUUGCCGAGGAGGUCCCGUCGUGACGAGACCACGCCUUUCGACGGCCCUGCCUUGCCGAGGUUGUGUUCGGCUUGCACUGAAAGCAACUGCGUCAUCAAGUAGAGCCGACUGUUUAUCGCCUGCGCUGGGAACAACCUGACCGUGCUGCCCGUGAACCGGAACGAUAGGAUGACCAGCUGUGCGGAUCACGCCGAGAAGGGACCACGCUCUCCUCCGCUGCUCGGAUGAUCCGUUUGAAACGAGCAUGGUGCUCCGGGGCGCGCCUGGAAGCGGCGAGCGUCCCGAGCCGUGCGACCCCGGAUGCAGAUGACCAGCGCGGCAGCUCGGCCCGGCAGGACGCCAUGGCCGUCAAGUGGGAGAAGCUCUCUCCGGCGGAGUUCCAGCAGCUGCAGGACUACGUUCAAUAUUCAUCAAAGAAGCUUCCAGAUGUUCUUGAGGAAUUCAAGGAGAAUGGAGCUCUGUCCAAGUACAACGCCGAAGGGGACAUCGACCUGGAGGGUUUCCAGGCGUUCAUGGACACCUACCUGGAGAUGGACACUCCCCGGGACCUCGUCAAACACCUGUUCCUCUCGUUCGUCCGAAAGCCCGCUCCGCCGCGGCCACAGAUCGCCGACGGACGGCUGCUCAAGUUCCGUCAUCUGGUGGCGGGCAAAUUUCAGAAGGACGAAACGCUAGAUGAUAGGAAGACGACGGCCGUGUUGCAUAGGACGCUAACCGGCGGUUCCCUUGACAAAAGCGCCAAGAUGGCGGCCGUGACGUCGACGACUGCGUGCGCGCCCAUCACCUCGCACACGGCGGCGGCGCACAGCGGGUCCCUCCCGGAGCUGGCCAAGCAGGCAGCACAGGGCGCGCAGGCCGGCAUCGCGCAGGCGACAGCGCACGGUGCCGGCCAGGAGCUGCCGCAGCAGGCGCCCCGCCGCACCGAGGAACGACCGCACCUGCACCUGGGCUUCGCCGAGCGGCUGCACGGCCUCACAGAGAAGCUGCACAGCCACCUGCGAGGAGAGGGCUCUGAUACCAGGGGGCGCACAGGGAGUGCUUCUAUCCACCCGGUGGUGACGGUGACGCAGAACUACGGCGACUCGACCGACUCCUCACCCAACCAGAGCCAAGUGUCGCGGAACUCUUCCAGAAAGUCAAACAGCUCACUGCUCGUGCACAGCGUGGACUUGAAGCCUCUGCGGAAAACGAGCAGCCACAUCGAUGUUCACACUGUGCGCGUCCCCCUGAAAGAUAUCAUAUGCUACCUCUCGCUCAUGGAAGCAGGGCGGCCCGAGGACAAGUUGGAAUUCAUGUUCAGAUUGUACGACACAGAUGGAAACGGUUACCUUGACAACAAUGAGACAGAAUGCAUAGUGAAUCAAAUGAUGAGCGUCGCCGAGUACCUUGGUUGGGACGUAUCAGAACUGAAGCCGAUCCUUCAAGAGAUGAUGGUGGAGAUCGACUACGACGCCGACGGCACUGUGUCGCUAGAAGAAUGGAAACGUGGUGGCAUGACCACCAUCCCGCUGCUUGUGUUGCUCGGGCUGGACGCUAACGUCAAAGAUGACGGCAACCACGUUUGGCGCCUUAAGCACUUCAACCGCCCUGCCUACUGCAAUCUAUGCCUGAACAUGCUUGUCGGGCUCGGAAAGAAGGGACUCUGCUGCGUCUUCUGCAGGUAUACUGUCCAUGAACGCUGCGUGCAGAGGGCCCCUGCAUCGUGCAUUAACACUUACGUCAAGUCCAAGAAGAGCUCGCAGGCUCUAGUUCAUCACUGGACGGAAGGUAACUGCACGGGAAAAUGCAGCAAGUGCAAAAAGGCUAUCAAAAGCUACAAUGGCAUCACCGGACUACAUUGCCGCUGGUGCCAAAUGACGCUUCACAACCAUUGCGCUCCACAAGUGAAGCCCGACUGCGGCCUUGGACCACACCGAGACCACAUCCUGCCGCCAACGUCUAUAUGCCCCGCUGUUUUGGAGAGGCAACGAAGUGUCGGCAGUGGCCAGAAGAAACAGCUGUCUAGGUCAGAUUCCAACAAAGUUUCCGACAGCGGCCAAGGCAAUGUUUCUGCCAUGUCAUUCCAAGUCACACCCGUCUCUGGAACCCAUCCCCUUCUAGUGCUCAUCAACCCCAAGAGUGGAGGUCGGCAGGGCAUGAGAAUAUUAAGAAAAUUUCAGUACUUGCUGAAUCCUCGACAAGUGUACAAUGUUGCCAAAGGGGGACCAAUUCAAGGGCUUCAAUUUUUUAAGGACAUCUCGAAUUACCGCGUCUUGUGUUGCGGAGGUGACGGUACAGUGGGCUGGGUACUAGACACCAUAGACAAGCUAAACUACGCCCAGCUUCCUCCAGUAGGAAUCCUCCCUCUUGGAACAGGGAACGACUUGGCGCGGUGUCUUCGGUGGGGGCCAGGUUACGAAAACGAGAGCCUAGAGAAGAUACUGCAGAAAGUUGAGAAAUCCACGACGGUCAUGAUGGACCGCUGGAAGAUCGACAUCAGUAACACGGCAAAUUCCGACGAGCGUGGUGACCCUAUUCCCUGCAACAUCUUCAACAACUACUUUUCCAUAGGCGUGGACGCAUCCAUAGCGAUCAAGUUUCAUUUGGAAAGGGAAAAGCACCCUGAAAAGUUCAACAGCAGGAUGAAGAACAAAAUGUGGUAUUUCGAAUUCGCCACGUCUGAGACGUUCUUCGCAACAUGUAAAAACCUCCACGACGACGUUGACAUCAUGUGCGAUGGCGUCUCGCUGGAACUGUCCAGCGGUCCGUCACUGCAGGGCAUCGCAGUGCUCAACAUCCCCAGCAUCUACGGCGGCUCCAACUUGUGGGGAGACAACGCCUCGUCAAGGCGGCGCUCACGUUCAAAGCGACGCAAGAAACACGACCGGGACAUCUCCACCAACAGCUUCAACUCGAUCGACCUUAGCAGUGCCGUACAAGACAUCGGCGACCGGCUGAUUGAAGUUAUCGGCCUGGAGAGCAGCAUGCACAUGGGUCAAGUCAAGGCUGGUCUCCGAGCUUCGGGUCGCAGACUGGCGCAGUGCUCCUCGGUGGUCAUACGGACAAGGAAAAGGUUUCCGAUGCAAAUUGACGGUGAGCCUUGGGUACAGCCACCUUGCACGAUACAGAUAACCCACAAGAACCAGAUGCCCAUGCUCAUGGCGCCAGCCCCGACAAGCAAAUCCAGGUUCCCCUUCUUCUCCUUCAGGAAGUCGUGAUUCUCACCCGGAGACGGGAGCGCCAUCUUCCGCCGCUUUCCUCCAAUGCUUUCGCUCUCGGCAGCUGCUCAUUGGCGUCGUUGUUGCUGCUCGUGACUGGAGCAGAAGUUCGCGCGUUACGUGUCGUGCCACUCUUAUGCACCUACAUCGGCUCCCGAGCCGUUGUCGGUUACAGAGACUGCAUUUAGUUGACGCGUUAUCUUGUUAACUUAUUUAUACCGUGUACAUACAUCUGUAUAGACAUUGCCCAUUCGUCGGCGCUUUACCUUCUUGACCAGGGUCCUAGCGGCGUUCCAUGUGCACUCGCUGGCUGCUCCUUGAUGCGUGUUUGCCUGUGAACAUGCGGGCACGUGCUUUUAUGCGUGUUAAAACGAUUUGCUCUCAAGAGCGAUGUGGAACUGUGCGCGCGUUUGUCGAGUUUCGCUGCGUUAUUUGAGUGACAAAACGUUUGUUGAGUUUUGUUAUGACUGCGCCUGAACGGAAGACCAGAUGUGUACAGACUGCUAAACGUUACAGAGCAAAUCUCUAAAGCUUACUUUUCGUGGAUUAAAGCGCCACGCUUCGUUUCUUUUUACUGCACCGUGAGCCACUUGAUAGCAACGCCUGUUCAUUAUUUAAUCCAUUGAAGUCUCAGAAAUGUGAAUAUAAAACAUUCGAGUUGCUUCGCGCGCGUUCGAUGAUAUUUAUUUUGUAUUCUACACAUGUAUAUGACUUAUUAUUAACCCUUACACCUUAGAACUACAGAAAGCUAAGCUAGUUGGUAAGGAUUCAUUGUGCAAAAAGGUGAAGCGUGCAAACAAGAGACAAGAGAAGUUGACAACAUGUUGUGUCCACUUCUCUUCUCUUGUGUCCUGUCUGCACGCCUCACUUUUUUGCAUAAUGAACUCUUACACAGUUUAACGUUACCGCUUAUAUUCUCUUUAGUAUGCACAAAGAUGUUCUCGUACGAUUGCUCUGUAAACUGCAUAUAUACAAUAUAUGCUUUCUUUAACGUAAGCAAACCAGCGGAAUAUUUUUUCUCGUUGCAAUUUUAUGCGUGAUGUAAGUGGCGCCCAAACUGCACUGAGAAGCUAAAGGUGGAAAAAUAAUUGUCGAUAAGUAUAUACGUUAUGAUUUGGAUUGGCUUUAGUAUUAUAACAAACCAGGACGUGUCGUGCAUAGAUUCGCCUUUUAAGCGCUCUGCAACUUCAUAACAGUGCGGUGACUGUGCAGGUGCAACAGUUUGAGCUAUGUGACAUCCGAAAUCGCGCCUUAUGUCGUUAUCAUUACGACGCGGUGUGCAUCGCCCAGUCAUCUCGGCAUAUACAGUGGUAGCCACGGCUUCUGGGCAGACGAGUCUAAUAUCUCUUUCCUCGAGCCGUUAGCUGAAGCGCAUCCCGAAGCCCAGUUCUUUGCUGUGGGCAAGCUUUUUUGUUGUCUAAUGCGCGAGUAGUCGAAAGCGUACUCCGAAACGCCCCUUGCCCUUGGUCAUGGCCCACAGAGAAAACUGUACACGCGCCAGAGGGUUUCCAUGAACUGGCUGUGGCGCCAUCUUCGGUUAUCUUCGGUUCAUUUUGGGCACCACCAACUGAAAGAAUGUUUCUGUCUGUUGUAGCAUAUCCGAUUUUCAUCGCGAAUGAUUGUGCUUUCUUCAGUGUUCUACGAUCGUGUCCUUAGCGGACCAGCUUGUGAAUCUCAGCUUUUGCAUCCUCCACCAUUUUGUAUGGUCACCUUCUUGACGCCACCGACCAACAUCUAUGACCCUACCCACUUUAUCAUUCUUAAAAAUUUUCCAUCGCAUCUAAAGGAAAAAAAAUGGGAGAAGACUAAGAAUCUCGGUACUUUCGAUAGCUCUGAAAAUGGUGACUCCACGCAUCUCUAAGAAAAUUAGUGUGGUGAAAUUAACGUAGAGCCGCUCUCAUGAGCCCCUCAGCAGGAAAAAACAAAUGUUUUUUUUUUCUUUUUCAUUCGUGUGAUUCGGUCCCCUGGUAAAGCUUCAUUAUGCAUAGUAUGUCCACCUUGAUGUACACACUACCUUGGAUGUUUGAAAUGCAAGGCUUUCUAAAGCUGGCUUCUUUAUAUAUCGUGCCUUAGUGAAAGCGUGUACAAAACUUUUUAAACGUCUCUUUCUUUCUGUUGCUAAGCCCUACGUUCUCAUGUGAACGUUCAUAUCUCAGAAUAAUUUUUAUUCCUUCUGUAAACGUUCUCCGUGGUCUUAACUUAGGGGGCAAGUACAAUAUUGUUGGUGCUGAGUUCUAGCCUGUUGCUGACACUAGAAGCCGUCCUAGGUAUCUAAGGAUUGAGAUACAGAUUGCGGAAAGCAGUCUGUUGACAUUCACGAGAUACUCAUCUCUUCUAAAUGGCCUUUAUUUUGCCUUGCACGGGAGUAGCAUGCUAUUGGUAGACCUAAUCUCGGAUAAAAGCAGCGUCUCAUCUUGCAGACGAUUGCUUUCACUCGUCAAAAAUAGGGAGACGGAAUAGAAAGCUGACAUUCACAAAGUACUGCUCUGCGGGGUGGCGUGGUAGAUGCGAGUGAAGUCCGCAAUAUAUGAACGGUGAUUUUGCGUGACGUCUCUUUAGCUGCAGCUUUGCACGUCCACAUGGUUCGCACCCGUUACUGUACAUACACCAAAGAACAUUUCUCACGUGAGAGACACGUGUAUAUUCUAUAGGCCCUUCUAGCCACACUAAGUGCAUAAUGUAAUGACCACAUUUUGCUCGGUAGCGAAGGCUAAAUAGCCUCGAAAGCUCCACCGUGGUCUCCAACGACCAGCCUGAUACGUUUCUUACUUGCUGCGCAGCGUUUUGCUAUGUGUGCGUGCGUUUUUUUUUUCGCCUGCUUUGCACUACUGUUGAAAAUCCACAUGUUUAAGUAAGACCCAGGAACGCGGGACAUCGCAGUACAUGAUCGCUUACCUAUACUUCAGCGCGCUUUCACAUUUGAAUGAAGCGUAAUGGUCGAAUGAAAGCAGAGCAGGGAAGAAGCGAUAGUGCAAACUCGGAAAAGGCAAAGUACUGCCUGAUGCAGGUAAAACACUGGCACCAUAAUUAUGUGCACCAACGGCAAAGUUUAUCUCGCACAGGCUUUCGCAUCACCUGCUUCACUUUGGUUUCUGUCAGCUUCGCUGUUUGUAUUGCAAUAGGAGUGGUACCACCUGCAUAGCAUUUAACCGCAGCCACAGGCUGGUCAUAGCACAUGUUUUGCGGCAUCGGGGUCGGGGAGAGAGGUUCUUGCGGUAUUUCUAAUACCCCAAAGUGGUCCAUAUUAAAUGGCGAAAAUUUGCUUGCUUGUGGCAUACCUGAGCCCACGAGAUGGUGAAAGGAAUUCCGCGAACAGUUGAGGUUUUUUGUCCCACUCUAGUUAUUUAUUUACAUGAGAUUCAGUUCUGGGGUCUUACGUACCAAAACCGCGAUAUGAGGCAAGCCGUAGUGGAAGAUUCCGCUUUAAUUUUGAGCAGCUGUUGCUCUUUAGUCUGUACGUAAAUUUAAGUAAACGAGCACUUUAGCAUUUUGCUUCUAUCGAAAUGCAGCCGCUGUUACCGAGAUUGAACCCGUGACCUCGAGUUCACCAGCGCAAUGCGGUAGCCACCGGGCUACUACGGCCGGUUUUCCCUAGUUCCGACAUCAAUGGCACAGUGAUUAUUUCCUUGCCAGGGUGCACAAGUUGUGGGGCUGCGAAUAAGAAAAAGAACGCAUGAAAACUGAAAUCCUAAUGCAUGCGUUGGUUCUAGUUAUACUGUCAACUGCAAGUAGUUUAGUACGAACACAGGUUUAGAAAGGUACCCACAAAGAGGCGUGGCCACAACACCGGCUAUGCGAUGUCCCACGACCUGUGGCGGCAAGUGAGGUCUCUGCUGAUGUACGAAGGCACCGCACUCUUAGUACUUGCUGUCUCGUGUAGCCAUAGCUCCACAAGGGAGCCAGCUGAGGUGCGCACUUGCUAGUGAGAGAAGGCGUGGCGUGUUUUUAAUGACUGCGUUGCUAACUUAUUUACAUACGAAGUGCUGUUCAUGUGCAUGUUUGCGGAGAGAAAAAAAUAAGUUUACAUAUAUACAUAGCAUUUCUAUCGUGUAAAAUAUAUUUAUCUUGAUUCAAACGCUAGUGAGAACCGACCGCACGAUGAAAGCUUAAACAGCGAUGAUAAAUAACUAAUCAUAUCAUGUAUGUAGAAAAAAUAUAGAUAGAUAGAUAUACUUUUGCAUAAGUCCGUCAUUUUCAUGUUGUGUCAAGGAGUGUGGUAUAUAUGUCUCCGAGCUGCAACAACGCGCAACAUUUUUCUAUCUUUUCUUCUUAUUUCAAUUUUUACUUUUAUGUUAAUGCAAUGAACCCCGUGCUCCACUACUAUCUGCAGCAAGGUAAAUACGGUCAACUGCUAAAUUAAAUGUCGUUAUGUAGUCACACUGGAAACCCUGUGAAUGUAUGAUCCCAUUGUUGAUAGAGGGCCAGGCUAGGUCUCAACACAUGGGUUCCUUGGGAUCUCUUUCAAACGGCAAUCGUAAAAAGCCCGUACCUCUAGUUCAGAGGUACCCUGUAACGUUUGUUGUAAAUGUAUGAAGUACAGAAAGUCAUUUACCAUGUGUAUUAUGGAAUAGCCAUCAGAAAGAAAAUGCAAUCUAAUUCAUGCACACUUGUGUUUCAAUCGCCCUGUAUCUCAUUCGCCGUGUAUCUCAUUCGCGUGUGACAUCCACAUUAAUUGGUACAAAAGCCUUCUGUUCACGUCGUUCCCCCUUUUCUCAGCACCAAUUUUCGAACAACUUAACAAGCCCUGGUUAUGAAGUCAUAGGCCGUCGGUGAAGCACAGGAUUCCACAUCGCAAAGCAUAGGCUGUGACGCGGAAAGCUGAAGGACCCAUCGUCACGUUCCAACGGUUCUUUGUUGUAGAGAGACCAUUUCUACGUAGCUAUACGGCACAUUGUACGCAGUCGAGAACGCUUUUGCAGUGCAUGUGAAUCUCUCUUUUCUGCUUCGCGUAUCGUGACGAAAAUCUAACAGGUUUAGGUUUUUAUUUCUCAUUUAUAGCCUUCUGAAGAAAUCAGCGCUUGUGCGAAUAGCAUACAUGUUCGCGGAUGCGUAGAAUUUCUUGUGAAAUUUAUAACAUUACGUCUAACUCUGCAAGCAUGCAAAGCCAUUAUGUUUUUGCAUGUCUAGGACAACUUUAACCACUGCGACAGCGCGAAAAAAGCAGUAACAAUUUAUUUAGUCAGAUACGAAGGAGCUGAGAACUGGCAAAGCAAUGCUAGGCUUCGCAGAUGCUUUCCGUAUAAUGCGCAGUUAAUGAAAUCUCGUUGGCGGGACGAUAUCGUGAGAAACGGCACAGGUGGUCCCUGGACAGGUGUGCGAAUGACCAGUUAUCGCUGUAGUGGUAGAGUUUCUAAACAGUCGCAGCUAUCUCAACAGUUUUACUUUUUAUAUAGCUCUGUGUACGUAUGUAAUGUUAUGUACAUACGUAUACAUAGGCAAGCAAUGCACUUCAACAUUGCGUGCUUGGAUGUGUACGCUCCCACGACUUCAUACAUACAAAUACAAUAUCGAUUUAUGUCGUUCCGAAAGUUCCAGUGGUACACACAUAUAUGUAUAUAUAUAUACAAUGUAUAUCGAAGAUGACAGAAAACAAGUUGCGCUACUUUGAUCAUACCUGCCGUAGUGGUAUUCUGUACACAGUACUGUGUAUGACUUUCCUGUCACUUGCAAAAGUUUGUCGUUCGUCUGCAUUCGUACAGCACGCAUGAGACCCUGUAGUUAACCGUUGGCCUUCUAUGUAUUUCGAAACGCCGUCUUCCUGGCAAACGGCUUUCUGUGACGUCUUUUUCCGUAUUCGCCUGUAGGAGAACCACCAUGUCACCACUACUGUUGUCUCUAUGUACCAGCAAGCGGAAAGAGGAUGUCCACCUUGGGAACACGUUAUCUGGGCCAGGCGGCCGCGUUUUGUGCUUCUGCUGGGGCUUUCAUUAUCACUACUUUCAGGGAAUUCUGAAACACAUCCCAAAACUGCAUUUCAACUUAUUUUCAUUCUUGGGUUAAUGCCUCAGUGGCGCUACAAGGACUGUGCUCUCCUUUCUUUUUUAUGGAAUGUAGCGACUGCGCAACACUGAGAGGAUGCACCGGCCCCGGAAUCGUUUGCAUUGGGGAAUUUUCUCCUCUUCUUCAUGACAACCUUUUUUUUGCAACUCUGUUCAUAUUGUAACCGAUCAGAAAGGAAGAGUAGCCGGCGUUGUCUAAGGAGACGAAGAUCCGCUUUACCCACCUAUAAUAAAGAAGAGAGGCAAGCAUGUACCAUUUCCGGUGGCGUACUUCUUCAUUUUCCUAGCCCAAGUAGGAAGAAAAAUGAUUCGUCAGGGCCUCUUUGAGCUAUAAUCUAUUCCGGCACGCUUUUUCACAAGUCAUUCUGCCUUUCUUCCUAUACGUGGGAGACUUAUUGUUCCGAUACAUGUCGCAUUGUCAAGCUUGUGGAAUUUACAGCAGAUUUCCGCGUCGCGCCAAACCUCUAGAUUCGUCUCCCCUCUCCUUCCAUAAUAGUUACUAGACUCUGUAUUAAGCCUGUAGUAUGUGUACUUAAACUCCGACAAGUGUAUUUGGACCAAAGUUUGCGCCAGCGCAACGUAUCUCCUUGGUCCUGUGCACGCUCGCUGUCGUAGGGGCGAGCGAGGCUGUUCUUGUAGAAAGAAAGAACCGCCGUUCAGGCGACUCUGCAAAGCGGACCUGUGGUAGUCAGCAGCAUUUGUAUCUCUUCUCCGCAUACUGCUUCUUUUUCCUGUAACACUUCGCAGCGCUACAAGCCACAGCGGAAUUUUACGUCUAACUGUUAUCUCCCAUUGUUCCCUACCUAGAGCAUUGUUUAAGGACACAUUAUUAUUAUUAUUAUUUCUUAUUUGUUCAUUAUUUAAUGGAACCCUGUUGUAUCUUCUCGCGCUAAUUAAAUGUGUCUUUCCAUGUGAGAUAUCUGUACAUAACAAAUAAUAUAAGAGAUGUUCUACACUUCACCUAUUUAUUUAUUGCUGAUCUGAAUAAAAGUACAUGUUACCAGGAAA